CGCGGAGGCAAAGGCUGUCCAGGUAUACAGCUACUCAUUAACAUAGCAGGAGGAAGUAUAAAAGGUAGGCUGAAGGUUAAUUGGGCGGGUAAGUAAUUCGAGAAGCAGGCCUACCUGGCCCUAAGAACUUGAUACGUGGAUAAGUAACAUUGCACACCAUUUUGUGCGCAUCCUUCUCUGAACUGCGGUCUAUAUAAGCCCUCGCCGUCGAUCCGCGGACACCAUUAAGCCUUAUUCCUCUCUGAACCUCGACAAGGCGGAAAACUUUAACACUGAUUAAAAUGUCACUCACCUCCAUCCUGUCGGCUGAGGCCAUUGAAAGCGCUGUCAAGGACUGUCAAGAACCAAACUCCUUCUGCUACAAGAAGUUCUUCAAGUUGUGCGGACUCACUUCGAAGAGCCCCCAAGAGGUGAAAGAUGUCUUCAGCAUCCUUGAUGAAGACAACAGCGGCUACAUCGAAGAGUCUGAACUAAAAUUCUUCCUGCAGCGGUUCGUCCCCGGGGCCCGCACGCUGACCGAAGCCGAGGCAAAGAGCUUCGUCUCGGCCGCCGACGAUGACAACGACGGCAAGAUUGGCGUGGAGGAAUUCCAGACCAUGGUCCAGUCCUGAGGACCCUGAAGACUGAUGACCUUGCAACAACCAGCUACUCCUCGCAUUCCACUCUGUCAACCUCUACUACAACCCUUCCCACUUCCAUUAAUCACACCAUCGCAAUAUGCCUAGAAUCUGUAUUCGGUCAUUAUCUGUCUGUUUAGAAACAAAGAUCCAGCCACAAUGUGCUGUUUUCCUCUAUGUUCACAUGCUCCCAAAACGGUGAUGAUGAAUAAAAAUAACAAA